GGGAGAGGGAGAGUUGGAGAGAGAGAGAGAGAUACAUAUAGACACAUAUCCACGUUCACACAAACACAUGUAUAUGCACAUAUUUAUAGUUAAACCUGCAAACGCACAUGCUCUCUUCGUCUUCUUUCUCGCGCACAAACACACACACACCCACGUAUAACCACAUAAACACACACGUAUACACGUCCACUCUCACACACACACGCAAUCAUAAUAAACUAUCAACUGACUGACUGUUUUUCAUUUCAUGAGCGGCGAAGUAAACGAUGCCACAACACAUGUGAUGUAGAAACAGUAAUGAAAGAACACUGACUACAAUCACAGCAAGCUACAAGACACACUACAUAACAGAUAAGAGGCGACACGUAAGAUUGAACUCACCAAAACCGAAGUCCACGUCAGUUGAAAUUCUUUUUCUUAGAAAUUCUUUGAGGCUUCGAGAUGUCACAAGAAACAACUACGCCAAUAAACGAAUGGAGGCCGUGCAUCUUUCUUCAGGUGGAACCCGAUGAGUCAACAGUCCGCACGAUAUUCACGCAUGCACCUGCCGAGUUAAAUAUCAGCAAUUACUACAUAUCGUUGGCUCCGGAUGAUUCAAAAGGAGUGCAGCAAAACGAUACAACCAACAAAACUAGCUACAUCUUCACUGGAGUUAUACCUGCCAAAUAUCAUGUCAUGAUAAAACCUUUCGGCGACCGCAAGAGAACAUACACGAGUAUUAUCAACGUAAAUAAAACACACAACUCCAUGUUUCGUCUCCGAGGCAAAUACUGUAGUGACUCAAUGCCCAUGCCUUUCCAAGACAAAGAGAAAAAACAGUCAAACAACCUUCCAGUGAUACUAUCAGCCAUACUGUUUCUAGUAGUUUUCAGCAUCAUAUCAUGGUUUGUCGUAAAAUACCGGCGAAAUUGUAUUUACAGAAAAAAGACAAAGUUAGAUAAUGGUUCCCAACCAGAACUAAAAGAAAAGGACAAAAUAAAAGUAUAUGUCAUCAACACUUUUGACCACGAGCAGCACCAAAGGGCAUGUGAUUCUUUCAUGGUGUACCUACAUGAACACUGCUUCUGCGAAGUCUUAAACCUAAAUGAGAAUAAAAAAAUAACGACUGAUUUUGCAGAUAUCUUCAAAUCAGUUAAUUUUAUCAUUUUGAUCCAUUCUGAAGGUUAUUCUAAACAAGCAACUGCUUGGAAAGAGAAAAUAUUAUAUCCAGAACUAUGUAAAUCUAACCCAUCUAUUUUACUUCAGAUUAUGAACGACACAGUAACGAACUGUAUUGAUUGUGCCAUGAACUACACGAAUCCUAACUAUUUGGCACCAAAGAACAAGAGCAAACAGUUCUUCAUCAUUCCUGACAACAUGACAGAAUUGGUCUGUUAUAUUCACAAUAUUAAGCUGGACUCCACAGAUGAAGAAAACAUUCCUUUGAUUGAAGAGCACAUUUAUUCAUCUGAUGACGGUUUGGCAAUGACAAAUGCUAUCGACAGAGCCACAGAGUACGAGCUUCUUCAUGAUGACUGGUUUCUCAAACUACAUCCUCAUCCAUUCACCAUAUCAAAUUCACUAUUUUCCUCAGACAAUUUCCGUUACUCAGACACUUCACAAUAUUUCUAAAAUAUUGUUUUUGUCUUUUUUUUUCUGCUUGGCAUCAGUUCUUCUGUGCUGGCAUGGAAGGAUGGGAUAAUGCAAGAAUGGUGUAUGCAUUUCAUUUGUUUUAGAUUUUUUUAUAAGAUGACAAGAUGAGGCAGCACUCAUAACCAUUGGCGGUUACUAUAUUCGAUGCCCUACCUGAUCAUCUGUAGGUUAUUUCUGAAGGGAAAAAUGUUGUUGAGGAGGAGAGCAGGGUUUGGUCUGAUUUGGUCUGAUCUGUGUGAUUGUCAUAGGCAUCCAAGGAAGCAGCGUUAGUCCAUAAAAAAUCAUUUAUCAAUGACUACCAGAGUUUAGUUUCACACCGAAACUAGAGAAGUUGUUAUUCUGAAAGCAGAAGAACUUGAAUGGAGAUACGUAUGCUGGAACAACAGGGAUACAUGUAUUUUGGAACAAUGGAGACACACGUGUGUCAGAAUAAUACAGAUAAACAAUAGAGUAAGAAAUUUCAGAAACGACUCCUCAGCAUGUAGAAACAAUUGAUUGGCUAAGAGAUCAAAACUUUGAUCUUAUCUUUACAUCAUGUUAUUUUUAGAGAAGUAAUUUUUACUGCUAUCUCAGACCACUCAGCUGUAAUAUCUGAGUGAGUCCUUUGUGCCAGUCAAACACACUGAGAUGCGAACCGUUAUGCACCAAACACAAAGUAACAACGUGAUUGUUGUGAUGGUUCGAAUUCAAUAGUCCAAGAAUUUUGCUCUUUACAAUUGAUUAUCGAUAAAUCAAGAUUUACAAUAAGUGAUACAGCUGUGGUGUUCUGUUUAUUCUAUACACAUAGGGACCAGAUGUCUAAAUGGACGACAUAUUAGGUCAGUGGGCAUAAAAGUAAUAAGUUUAAUUCCAACUGUAGGAAAGAACAAGUAACAAACAGCCUUAGAAUGUUUCUUUGGAUCAACUGGUGCCUUAUCUUGGUAAAGCUUGUCUUUCAACUACUUCCUACCAUGAAAGCAAGCAGAAAGAAGCAGCAACAUUUCGAUCGUUAGACAAUACUAUUUUCUCACAUCACAAAUCUCUCUCUCUCUCUCUCUCUCUCUCUCUCUCUCUCUCUCUCUCUCUCUCUCUCUCUCUCUCUCUCUCUCUCUCUCUCUCUCUCUCUCUCUCUCUCUCUCUCUCUCUCUCUUUCUUCCUCUUCUCCACCUCUCUCACACACACACAUAUACGCACACCCAGUGCUAAACAGACUUAAUUACUUUCAACGUUAUAUAGUUACUUGAAAUAUCUAUGUGAUCAGUUCGCCAGGCAUUAUCCCAGCUGGGUGAACUGUGGUCAUUGCAGAAAUGCAAUGAAAUUCCAACACAUCACUUGAAACCACAGCCUAUGUCUUUCAACUAAUACAUCCAAAACUUUAUUUCUCCAUUGUUAUUUCACAUUAACAAAUGUAAAACUGUUGUGCAAUAUU